UCAUUGAGCAUGGCGAACUUCUGAAACUUUGUGACAGGUGUCUAAUACAAACUUAUUAUAUUUCAGUAACAGCAAUAAUGAGAUUAUUUUCACGUUACAAGAGGAUUAAAUUGAGGACUGUCGCCUUAUUUGCAGUAGCGGCUAUUGCAAUAUAUUACAUCUACAGCAACUGGUAUGCCUUCACGAGUUGGGAGACGCCGGACGACUUGCUCUCUCUUCGGAAAAAGCGAUAUAUGGAUUAUCAGAACGGUGAACUUAAGCGGACUGGACCAGGUGAAUUAGGAGAAGGUGUUCGUUUGGAAGGAGAAGAAAAAGCAAAAGCAGAAAAGCUUAUGGUUAAGGAAGCGUUUAAUAUAGUUGCAAGCGAUAAGAUAGCCCUCGACAGGGGCCUAAAGGACAUGCGAGAACCGGAAUGUAAGACACUAGUACAUCCGAAGGUACUACCCACUGCCAGUGUUGUGAUCAUAUUCCACAAUGAGGCUUGGUCACCCCUGAUACGCACUGUCCAUAGUGUAGUAAACAGAUCGCCGCCGGAAUACCUCCAUGAAGUGAUUCUCCUGGAUGACUUCAGCGACAGAGCCGGUCUGGGCCAGGAGCUGGUGGACUUUGUAUCCAAGACGUGGCCUGAUGGCAUUGUUCGUAUUGUCCGCACCAAGGAGCGAAGUGGACUGAUCCGAGCCAGGAUAGCUGGGGCUAAGGCUGCCACCGGUGACGUCCUCAUUUUCCUUGAUUCUCAUUGUGAGGCCAGUCCAGGAUGGCUGGAGCCAUUGUUGUCCCGUAUCAAAGAGGACCAUACGGCUGUGUUGUGCCCGGAGAUCGACAGUAUUGAUAAGGACACUCUCCAGUAUGGGAGCACAGGAAGCUUCUCUGUGGGGGGAUUCUGGUGGAGUCUGCACUUCUCCUGGAGACCCAUCCCUCAGAGGGAGCGGGAACGCAGGAAGUCUAUGAUCGACCCCAUCAGGUCUCCAACAAUGGCGGGAGGAUUGUUUGCUGCAGACAGAAAAUAUUUUUUUGAAAUUGGGGCGUAUGACCCUGGAAUGGAGGUUUGGGGAGGAGAAAAUUUGGAAAUAUCAUUUAGAAUCUGGAUGUGUGGAGGAAAACUAGAGUUUAUUCCCUGUUCUCGAGUAGGACAUAUAUUCCGCUCCAGCCAUCCUUACACAUUCCCAGGGAACAAGGACACUCACGGCAUUAACUCCAUGAGACUUGCUGAAGUAUGGAUGGAUGGCUACAAGCGCCUAUACUACACACACCGGAGAGAGCUGCUGGGCAAGGACCAUGGGGACAUCUCAGAAAGAAAGGCUUUGAGGGAGAAGCUGAAGUGUAAAAGUUUCAAGUGGUAUCUGGACAAUGUUUACCCUGAAAAAUUCAUUCCUGAUGAGAAUGUGAAGGCUUGGGGAAUGGUGAGGAAUCCGUCCAGCAAUAUCUGCCUUGACACACUACAGAAAGACGAAAAAUCCUCUUUCGACAUGGGAUUAUACUCCUGUCAGAAUGGUGUCAGUGCCAAUCAAAUCCUGUCAAUCAGCAUGACUGAUGAAUUUCGUCGAGAGGAGGGCUGUUUGUCGUCCAGCGGUGUAGCAGGGCAGGCGGUGAGACUCACGGGAUGCGCAGGAAACGUAGAGACCUUGAAAUGGAAACAUAAUAAGAAGGACGGGACAAUCAUCCACGUGAAGUCAGGAAUGUGUCUUGACAAGGCCAAACUGAAAAAUAACGAUGCCGUUGUUGUCAACCCUUGUAACGGAGACGAUUCUCAAAAAUGGACAUUUGAACAUUACCUUGAAUAGAAAUCAACAUGAAGAUUGCAAUCCUUCGCCAUUUUUCGUUAACUUAUUGUGAGUUGUACUGAAUACAGUAGGGGUACUCCAGGCCUCAACCAUGACAGAACCAGACCACUGGAUGGAGUGUUGUGAUACUGCUGAAACUGUAGGCUUCUAGACCUGCAAUUUGUUAUACUUAUCAUCAAGAUUUCUCUGUGCGAAGCAUCCACGGAAACUAAGGAAUAAAUCAACCAUGCUGCUGAAGUUGUUAAAGAACACACUGUUUAAUACAGAUCACCAGCAUUUAUUUUGUAUCAAUAGCAAUAUGUUACUUACAAAUGAGAAAUGCUCACUUGAAACAGGUAGUUAUGCCACAGCCUUAAACAUUAACACAUACAGCUGGGAACAUGUCAUGACACAUUAAGUGUAGUCAGAUGAAAAUUUUGGAUGUUUUUUUUUUGUAAUUUAAAUUUUAUUUCUGAAUCCCUGUUACAGUCAAAACUAAGCAGCCAGGGGACAGCUUGGUCUGAAGUUAUACAGUAAUUUAACAGGACACAGGUGGAAUUUUUUAUGAAACAAGACAAUCCAUUCACUCACCAUUCACACAAGUACAAGAUUAUUUUUUAAUGAUCAAACAUAUUAAUAAUAUAAUUAAUUCAGUUGUCUUUGAAUAAGCCAUUUCGAAUAAAAUUCGGCGUUACAUCUUUUGUUAAAGAAAAUACAUUUUUCAAUACUAUAUCUCAAUCUCAACUCACUUCGGAACUGAGCAGUAUUUGGUAAAACAGAAUUGAGCUUGCAUUUGUACAAAUAAUAUUUUUCCAAUAAUAUGAACAAGUCAAAAACAAAGUCAGUAAAAACAAUUUUCUUACAGCCAAAAAUUAUCAGUUUUAACUUUGCUUAGUAGUAAAUGAUUCUGCUCUGAUUAUCAGAACAUACUCAAGCUGCAAUCUAAGAUUAUAAUAUGGACCAGUACUGAUCAUGGGUUGAAAUCUUUUAGGCAACUAUGUGAAUAAAGCAGAGCAUUAGGCUGCAAUGUGAA